GGAAAUUCAACCAGCGCCAUGUAUGGCGCCAUGGAGGUGGUGCAAAAAAAAGCUAUGAAGCGCGGCGAUGAGUGGUAUGUGACUCGCGUCCCAAAUUUUGUCUUCCUAGCUACCGAUAGUGCCGCUAUCCACUGUCCGAGUGAACAUACUGUGAACGGCGCCCGGAACGCUCGUCCGCUGUCCGUUAUGGAUGGUCGUUCUCUGCGCCUUGCCCCUCCAGCGGCAGAAGACAAGUCAACAUUGCUCCCCUUUGUGGCUGUCUAGUAUCUACAUUGCACUCGACAUGCUCGAUCUCUGCGCAAGGUUGUAGGCAUAGGGCAACACUAGCAAGUUCCCUUUCUCU